AUGGGUGCCAAGGCCAUUGGAUGGCAUUUCAAGGAGAAAAUGCAGCAGCAGAGCAAGAAAGAUGAGGCAAAGUGGAAACUGUUAGUAAGCAAAGUGUUGGAAGCAAAGAAUGCACUGGGGCCGUUCUCAUCUCGGCGGGACAAAGGAAAAGAACAAGAGGAGAGGGGGAAGGGUUUAGGGAGAAUUGAUAGAGUAGCAUAA